AUGGUUGGCACCGGUAUUAAGUUUAAAGUUAUAGGAACAAGUCGGGCAAGUUGGACAAGAUCAUCACCAACCAUUCCAUACAUAAAAAUUUAUUCAGAGAAAUCUAAAAUUUUUUACGUAAAUAUUGAUGUUUUUCGGGAAAUCAAUGGUAAAACAGUAGAACCAGGAGUUAUCAAUUUCCCGUUUCAUUUCGCUCUGCCACCUGACCUGCCUUCCAGUUUUAAAGACACAAUAGCAAAAAUAUUCUAUCGAAUUAUAAUUCAAAGCAAAAUAGCAUUUAAAAUAAGACAGAAAGUAAUUUAUCCUCUAUCAAUUAUUUCGUCUCUAAAUCUCAAUCAGAACGGGAAUUACAGUUUACAGUCAUUUUUUGAAGUCAGUAAAACAUUUAAAAAGUUUGAUGAAUUUUCAUUAAUUAUUCGAACAUAUAAGGGCGUGGCUAUAAAACAAAGACUACCAUUCGAGGCAAUAAUCAAUAAUGAUAGAAAAGUAAAAGUUACAAAAAUCACUGCAACACUCAUUCAGAAACUGGAAUACAGUGUGUCUUCAGGCUACUAUAAUGCCGAGAAAAAAAUUAAUAAAGUUGAACAUAAAAAUCUAGUAAGCUCGUUACGGGAGACUUGUAGUUUUUUUAUGGACAUACCUCAAAUACAACCGUCUUCAAUAAACGUACCAAAUACAAUGGUAAACAUAUCGUAUAUAAUCAAGGUCAAAGCAUGUUUUCGGUUUCAUAGGAAUGUAAGCAUGGACAUCCCACUUGUAAUUGGUACCACACCAGUAAUUUAUUCGUAAUAAACUAUUUCAAAAUUAU